AGCCCUACCAACCAUGUUUUACGGGUCCUCCUCUGUCAGCAUGUCACUGCCUUCUAAAAGCCGGUUAAAGCGGCAGAGUCGCACCAUCACGCAAGUUUUAUACCGGACUUUAAGCUACCGGGACCGCCGCUCAGUCACUGACCUUCCCGACCAAGUGCGAGAUGACCCGGCUGAGCUCUCGACGCAGACUUCAGCCCCUGGUGUACUGAAGAUCUUUGGAGAUGAGAUCUGUGCCGGUGCUAAUUAUAAAAGUGUUCUGGCCACUCCGCGUUCCAGUGCUCAGGAGCUCAUCAAGGAGGCGCUGGAACGCUAUUCACUGAACAAAGCUUCGGCCAGUAACUUUGUGAUGUGUGACGUGAUUGGGCGUUUUGAGGGUCCCGAGCGUCGAUGGAGGACUGAGUGCUUGAGGGCUCUGGGGAGCAAUGAGAAACCCCUCCUCUUACAGGACCUGUGGAAGCCGAAGGAAGGGUUUGCGCGCCGCUUCGAGCUCAGAAGAAGGGCAGAGGUGGAGGAACUGGCGGCCAAAGAAAAAGACACAAUAACCGCAGAUAUAAACGCACAGGCGAGGAAGCUUCAGCGGAAUCGAGCGAAAGGAACGAUGACCCUUCAGCACGGGUCGUCCUUCUGCCGCAGCCUCAGCGAGACUAGCCUUAACCUGGCGGGCACGGCAGGGGAGGAGCCUAAACGCUGCUACUCCACACUGCCCGGUCCGGUCCGGGCACGCUCGGAUGGUCGCAAGGAGCGUGACGGCGGUGGAGUCAAGCAUUCCCUCUACCAAUCACCUCACCUCCUGCUCCUGCAAGGCUUCAACCGACAGGACUGCCUGGUCUACCUGCUCAACAAAGAACAACACACGGUGGGUCAGGAGACGGCGAGCACGAGGCCAAACAUCUGCCUGUCAUCCCCUGACAUCCUCCCUCUCCACUGCCGAAUCCGCCGCCGACGUUCCUCUUCCUCCUCGUCCUCGUCCUCGUCUUCAUCUUCCUCCUCCUUGGACCACAGACUUCUUCUGGAACCGGUCGGCCACGGCAGCGUACUGGUCAACUUCACUCGCAUCGAGCGCGCCACACCCCUGAAGCACGGUGACCUGCUCUCGUUCGGGGCACAUUAUAUCUUCCUGUACAGAGACCCGCUGAGCGCCAAGCUGCUGCCCCAGCACACCCUGGCCCGCCUCCGUGCCCUCGGAGAGAAAGGAAGCGGCGGCAAAAAAGAGGAGGUCUGUCCCACAUGUGGCGCGGCGUCAAAGGAGAAGACGGGAUCUCGACCGAUCGCCAAGAAUCCGAAGGCACCAAAGAAGAAGAAACCGGUGCUGGAGUAUGAGCGCGCCCAGGAGGAUGCCCUGCUGAACCGAGUGCUGACACUGAUCGAGCCGAGCGGCGAUGACCAUAAGCUCACUCCGGCGUACCUGCUCUGUCUGUGCAUCAAACACUCGGCGAACUCCUUCCCUCCCGGCAGCUUCGGGAAACUUCUGCUCAAAAUUGCCAAGAGGGUCCAGAGCAUUGCCUGGGAGAAGACAAAGGAAUUGGCACAGAAGCAGGCUCAGCAUCAGGAUCCAACCUCCUUGUCGCUGCUCAGCAUCUCCGACCUCGUUCCAGAUCUUCAGGUCAUUUUCUUCUGGAUGUCCAACGCCAUUGAGAUCCUCUACUUCAUCCAGCAGAAAUCUCCGACGUACAUGCAGAGCAUCGAAAUGAUGGAUAAUAAAGCUGGAUCUAAAGAGUCCCUCCUGUCAGCAACAAUAUCAGCCAGUGAGGAAGUGAUGACUAUUUUGGAGGAGGUCAUCAUGUACACCUUCCAGCAGUGUGUUUACUACAUCACUAAGUCCUUGUACGUGGUGUUGCCAGCCCUCCUGGACUGCAGCCCGUUCGGAGGUGAUUCAUCAUCUGAGAUGUGCCGGCGGGCGGCGGGGGCCCGUUUGUGUAUGUGCGGUGUGUGUGUGAUGCCAGAGCCGGUACGCCGGGCGCUCUGCGUGUUCCAGACCACGGCUGAUCUGAUGCAGCAGUACCAGGUUCACGCCGAAAUCCAGAGCCAGAUGUUCGCCUAUCUGUUCUUCUUCACCAAUGCCUCACUCUUCAACCUACUCAUCGAUAAAGGUCCUAUAAGAGGCUGGUUCCAGAGAUCUCGAGCACUGCAGAUCCAGGCCUGCUUGCGGAUGCUCCUGGACUGGGCCAAAGGGGCGGGGCGGGCUCAGCUGGCCCAGAAGUUCUUCGCCAAGCUGUGCAGCACUGUCAGCAUCCUCACCACUCCGGUCCACCAGCUCUCACAGGUGAGUUGGAAAGCGUUACGGGCCGACCAUCCAACUCUGAAACCGGUCCAGCUCCACCGAAUCCUUACGCAAUAUCAAGCUGCCGCCGAGAUCGGUCCUCUGUCGGUCUGGCAACCGAGCAGUGAAGAUGAAUCCUACAUCUACAGAACAGUGGAUCUGUUGGAGAGCUUCGAUAAUCACCCGCCCAUCGUGUUACCCAGUGCUGGAUUUAAGGUGGACCUGGAGAGUGACGGUGUGGAGGACAGCAUCUACAGACAGCUUCUGUACAUCAGACACUUUCUGUGGGGUCUCCGAACAAAGACACGUCCAGCCAGUGGCAGCGCCGACAGACAGGACGUCCAGCGAGGUGAGGGAGAAGGAGAGGUGCGCAUCCCGUCCCACGGAAGCCGAGGAGAGGGAACGGGGGCAGAGGAAAGACCGAGAGAGAGACCCACACACACCCCUCUCUACAGGAACGGGACGAGUUUCCGCCACACGCCGGACCCGUCCUGCCUUCUCACUCCCCCUAACACACCCCUGUACCCCGAAAUCACGCUCUCGCAUAACAGCGCACACUCUCUGUUCCCCAAAUACACCCUGCAGGAACACACGCAGGCCAACGGGUGCACGCGCCCCUCUUCUGAGCACAAGAAGAUCAACGGCUACAUCAGUAAUGGAAUCGAAGGCCCUCUGAGUGGUUUCCCUUUCCCCAUUCCUCUGACCCAAAAACCGGGCGCCAGCACUGACCCUGUGUGUUCCGCCUUUGUAGUGGACCUGGACAAAGGACCCUACGGACUGGGAAUGGGACUCAUCGAUGGACUGCACACGUCUCUGAACUCGCCGGGCAUCUACAUCCGAACCCUGAUCCCGGACGGUCCAGCUGCUUCAGACGGACGCCUGCGCGUGGGAGACCAGAUCCUGGCCGUGAAUGGAAAAAGCCUCAUCGGAGCCGAUUACCAGAGUGCUGUGGAUCUGAUCAGACUGGGCGGAGGACGUCUCCGGUUCCUCGUGGCCAAGUCCGACCCUGAGGUUUCGGAGAAGAUCAGCGCCUCUACCUGUUGAGAGGAAGACAUUUUAGUGGAGAACGAGAUUAAGCACAUCGAACACUCAGUGACUCCUCACCUGAGCCUCCUGUUAGCACAGCAACGGGAUUUUCUUACUCAAAAAUACUUUUUUCUCUCCUUCGCCUGAUUUAGAUCUGUGGAAAAAAAACACCACAAGGCCAAAAGUAUGUAGACACCCCUUCUAACUAUUGAGUCAGGGUGUUUCAACC